AGCAAGUUGUCCGAUUUCUCUUGCAACAUGUGCGGUGAUGAAUGCACUGUCAGUUGCCUUCCCAUAACAAGCUCCGUUAGCUCAUCGUUUACCUAGGAGAUGUACUCAAAAUCUGGAAAACGAAUAGAGGAACUGUCUGUUUCCCUGGCGGUCAUAUUCGAAAGGAAUGAAUCCGGACGUCCUGCUAUUCUGCUGUGCUAUCGCAGCGGCCCUGAUCUGUACCCUCUUGGCGAUAGGCUCCCUCAAGCUAUUUCUUUGGCUUGAUGACAGAGCUGAAGGGAGGGGUAGGCUAGCACGGAUUGGCGUGGAUGUCUCUGCCAGCGUGUACAUCUUAUCUGCGUGCCUCAUGAUGCUCCUCACCGCGUACAUAAUGGACUCCUUCGCCGACAUUCCAGGCAAUAAGAGAUAUAGAAGAAGGGAGGAGGAAGAAAUGAAGAAAAAGGUACGAGACCUGUUCGAGUCGUUUCCUUCAGCGAGUUACACGGGUCAAGGGAUCGGGUCACAACAUGGGGACUGUGCAAUUUGCCUGGGGGAAUUCAUAGAAGGUGAGCCCUGUUGGGUCCUUCCCUCAUGUAAACAUACCUUUCAUUCUUCCUGCUUUGAUCGCUGGUUGAUGAUUCAUUUGUAUUGCCCUACGUGCCUUAGCUCUCUUUUGCCUGUAUGAAUUGACUUGCUCAUAAUCAGAAAUGUAAUAUGCGGA